CUCUUUCAUUAUCUGUAUGGCCGAUGCCAGACACCCCUGCCCGGCACAGCUGGCACUCCAUGGGACUAUGGCAGCGGGACGGACUAUUUAACGAGAAAGUUUUAUUCUUCCUUCCCCCCGACCUCAUCACAGCGCGCACUGAUCCGCAGACAGACAGGAAGCGAGCGGAGGGAGCAGAGACCGGAGACUACGGGACUGUGUGAGGAGAACCGGACCCCGGGAGACAAGAGCCGGACCCCUGUAUACCACCCGGAGGAGAGAGCAACAGGGUCCUGAAUGUGUCCCAUGUGCAGAUUUUUCUCUCUCUAUUUAAUGGCCGCUGGAUGAUCUGGGCUGGACACUCGGGACGCUCCAGCUGAUCGCUCACGCUAGGAAGAUGCCGCUUCCUUUUGGGCUGAAGUUAAAGCGGACGAGGAGAUACACGGUGUCCAGUAAGAGCUGCCUGGUGGCCCGGAUCCAGCUUCUGAACAAUGAGUUUGUGGAAUUUACCCUGUCGGUGGAAAGUUCGGGGCAGGAGUGUCUGGAAGCAGUGGCCCAGAGACUGGAGCUCAGAGAGGUGACCUAUUUCAGCCUGUGGUAUUACAACAAGCAGAACCAGCAGCGAUGGGUGGACCUGGAGAAACCGCUGAAGAAGCAGCUGGACAAGUACGCCCUGGAGCCCACCGUGUAUUUUGGGGUGGUCUACUACGUGCAUUCAGUGUCCCAGCUGCAGCAGGAGAUCACCAGAUACCAGUAUUACCUGCAGCUGAAGAAGGACAUAUUGGAGGGAAAAAUCCCCUGUACCUUGGAGCAGGCGGUCCAGUUGGCGGGUCUGGCUGUGCAGGCUGAUUUUGGAGAUUACGAUCAGUACGAAUCUCAGGAUUUCCUGCAGCGUUACGUGCUUUUUCCUGUGGGAUGGAUACAGGAUGAAAAAACGCUGGAGGAGGCAACGCAGAGCGUAGCGGUGCUGCACCAGAAGCUGCGGGGUCUCUCCCCUCCAGAGGCCGAGCUCUUGUACAUGCAGGAAAUUGAGAGGCUGGAAAACUAUGGAGAGGAAGUGUACCCUGCCAAGGACAGCCAAGGUGCCGACCUCUCCAUCGGAGCGUGCCUCAACGGCAUCUUCGUCAGGCACAAGAACGGCAGAGCGCCGGCUAUCUUCCGGUGGAUGGACAUCACCAACAUGUCCCACAACAAAUCCUUCUUCACCCUGGAGCUGGCCAGUAAGGAGGAGACCAUCCAGUUCCAGACUGAAGACAUGGAAACUGCCAAGUACGUGUGGCGGAUGUGCGUCGCCCGGCACAAGUUCUACAGAAUGAACUGUAACCUUGAUUCCUCUCAUCCUCCUCCUGUGGACUCUGCCCAGAAAUCUUCUUCUUCUCUUCUCUCUUUCCAACGCUUUCCGAUUCUGUCCCGUCCGUCACUUCCUAAAGGGCAAACGCAAGCGGUAAAUCCGGUGCGGAGGAGAUCAUCAACGCGGAUGUCACUGCCCAAGCACCAGCCGUACAUGAUCCCGGCUCCUCAGAUGCAUUACAAUGGACACUACAAUGAGCCCUACACCUCCUCACAGGACAAUCUCCCAGUGUUUGUGAGCAAUCAGAACGGUUAUUACUAUCACUCCCAGACGAGCCUGGACCGCAGCCCGCUCGACUACAACGGCAGAAUCCGCAACGGCAGCGUCUACAGCGCUCACAGCACCAACUCUCUGAACACGCAGCAGCACUACAUGCAGCCCUCCCCGAUGUCCUCCAAUCCCAGCAUCACGGGCAGCGACAUCAUGAGGCAGGAGUACAUCCCCUCCCACCGGCACAGCGCCCUUAUCCCGCCCUCUUAUCGCCCUACACCCGACUACGAGACCGUGAUGAGACAACUGAACAGGGGUAUAAUGCACACGGACCGGCAGAGCCAUUCAAUGCGGAACCUCAACAUUGGCAGCUCCUACGCCUACAGCAGACCGGACGCCUUGGUGUACAGCCAGCCGGAGAUCCGGGAGCAUGCCCAGUUCACCUCGCCCCAGUCUCAUCAUUAUCCUUUCAACCUGAACUAUAGCUUCCACAGCCAGUCGCCAUACCCAUACCAGGCAGAGCGCCGCCCGGUGGUGGGAGCAGUCAGUGUCCCAGAGCUGACCAACGUCCAGCUCCAGUCUCAGGAUUACACUCCCUCCAACAUCAUGAAGACUCAGGUCUACCGGCCUCCACCUCCGUAUCCUUACCCGCGGCCAGCAAACAGCACCCCCGAUCUGACCCGCCACCAUACGAGCAGCAGUAAUCCGGACCUGAUCACCAGGCGCGUCCACCAUUCUGUCCAGAUGUUUCAGGAGGACAGUUUGCCCGUGGCGCAUUCUCUUCAGGAGGUCAGCGAACCGCUGACCGCCGCCCGUCUCGGCCAAGUACAAAAACGGAACAGCAUCGAAAUAGCGGGGAUUACCCAGAGCUUUGAAGGGAUGAGGGUGAAGGAGAGGACCACCACAUCUUCCUCUGCCACCAACGCAGCGUCUCAGAGGAUCAACCCGACAGACUCGCAAACUAACGUUUAUAUUGAGCGCACCAAGGAGGAGCAGGGAGGCGAGCACGACAGGGGGCGAUAUGGUCACAAGAAGUCCCUGUCGGACGCCACCAUGCUCAUCCACAGCAGCGAGGACGAUGAGGAGGACAACGAAGAAGACAACAACGGCGCAAAUGUUUCCCAGAAGCCGCUCUAUGACCGAUCCCAGCUGAGGCCGGUGAUGGAGACCUACACCGACGAGUCAGAGUCCAAUUACCCCUACAGCUCUAUGCCUGUCAAUCAUCUCCAUAUCUACGAACACAAGGCCCCCGACGCGGAGAAGGAGCGGCGAGUCACCGCCGUCAGCCCCGUGCAGUUCGGAGAACACCUGACCGGUCGGAGGAGCAAUGGGUCAAUCCCGCCUUCAGUUUCUGAAUCUGACCUGACGGCCGUGACCGUGCGUUACAGAGUAAAGAAGGAGCCUGCAAAGAAGAGACCAGUGUCCGACUUCCUGUCUGGGAAGAAGGACAUCGUAGAAGGACUACCACCCUCAGGAGGAAUGAAGAAAGGGAACCGCAUGGAAGCAAAAAAAAUGGGGCCCCUGAAACUAGCAGCAUGGAAUGGGUUAACUGUGCCCAGAAUGCCUAUGCUGGAUGAUGAGAGGGAGGAGCCUGCCAGAGCAUCCAAUGACGAGAGGUGUAAACUCCUUGAGGAGCGGCUGGAGCAGGGAAUGGUCUUCACUGAGUAUGAGCAGACACUCAAGAAACGGCUGCCAGACACAGAGUGCACCAUAGCGCGCCUCCCCGAGAACGCAGAACGCAACAGAUUCCAGGACGUGCUGCCAUACGAUGACACCCGCGUAGAGCUAGUGCCGACCAAAGAGAACAACACGGGAUACAUCAACGCCUCCCACAUAAAGGUGACGGUCGGUGGCGUGGAGUGGGAUUACAUCGCAACGCAGGGUCCUCUGCAAAACACGUGCCAAGACUUCUGGCAGAUGGUGUGGGAACAGGGGGUGGCCAUUAUCGCCAUGGUAACGCUGGAGGAGGAGAGCGGCCGAGAGAAGAGUUACCGAUAUUGGCCACGACUGGGCUCCCGGCACAACACUGUCACCUACGGCAGGUUCAAGAUUACCACGCGGUUCCGCACAGAUUCGGGGUGUUACGCCACCACGGGCCUUAAGAUAAAACACCUUCUGACGGGUCAGGAGCGGACGGUGUGGCACCUGCAGUACACGGACUGGCCUGAGCACGGGCACCCUGAGGACCUGAAGGGAUUUCUAUCCUAUCUAGAAGAGAUCCAGUCUGUUCGUCGCCAUACAAACAGCACAACGGACCCCAACAGUCCCAAUCCCCCUGUGCUGGUUCACUGCAGCGCGGGCGUUGGCCGGACCGGGGUGGUCAUACUGUCCGAGAUCAUGAUCGCCUGCCUGGAACACAAUGAGAUGCUGGACAUCCCUCUAGUUCUGGACAUGCUGCGGCACCAGAGGAUGAUGACUGUGCAGACCAUCGCGCAGUACACGUUUGUGUACAAAGUCCUGAUCCAGUUCCUGAAGAACUCUCGCCUCAUCUAACCCCUGACAUCUCAUGGAGGGAGGGAGGGGCAGCCAGAGACCCGGUCACGUAGAUAAGUUGCUGGGCGAUUUACUACUGGCCGGACGUGGCCUCUGAUGACCAUAGUGACCACUGAAGUUUACGGAGCUCUGGGUGGUCCCUGGGAGGGUCUCUACCUGACACUAGAACCCGAAACGCGUCAUCCGCUCCUGCACAGUGCCGAAGCGAAAACAAAUUCAAGUGCCAGCAAGAGCUCUUUGACCACUCGGGGGCGCUAUACAGCCCGUGGUUACCUCGUGGGAGGACUCCGCAUACAGCAGUAUUACUCUAUACAGCUCUGAUUUUACUGGUUGAAAUCAAAUCUGACGUUUGUGAUGUUUAAAGCACUUUUUAUUUUUUAUGAUUUUAUUUAUGAUGUUGCAUAUAUAUAUAUAUCUUAACGCCCCCUUAAUUCUACUAACCCACAAUCAGGUUGCAGCUAUCUGGGCACAUUGCAACUAUUUUGAUCGCCUCUAGGGGGAGCAAUUUAAUUCCUAAUACAGGAGCGCGUGCGGGGGCGAUCAGUACGUUGCCUGCGCUGCCCCCCGGGGGUUGUGUGAUGUAUGCCGCCACUUUUUCUUGCCUAAGGUGUUUUUUAUUUUUCCUUUUUAUUAAGCAGCCUUAGCCAAUCACACAGGAUACCGCGCAGUUUUAUGCAACCCCCACUACCGAAAUGCGUGGGCCUCGCUUUUUGUACAGUCAGAUGACCUUGGAGUGAUUUUGUAUAUUUUUUUUUUUGCCAACUUUAUAUGAAGAAUUUUAGUGUUUUUUUUUUCUCUUGGAAACAAUUGUUUUAUAUUAGAAAAAAAAUAGAUAUUUGUAUCUUAAGGGGCGGUUGUGUACGGAUUUUACUGAAAACACGACGGCUGAAGUUCCCGCAUUAUAUUGGGAGAGUGUGGGGGGGGGGAGAGUGGGGGGGGGAGAGGAGGAGAGGAUGCAUUGGUUUUGUGGAUGUGAUUAAGGUGCUGGAAAUGUUUGAUAAGAUUCGCAACGUCUUGGGUGAAGUUUUACUGGAAGGUGAGAGGAACGGCUACGUCCUGAACAUUUCACUGGUUACGGAUACAUAACGUUUAGUAACUUUGUUUUGUAUUUUACCGUAUUUCUUGAGUUACGUCGUCUUUUCCUCUAGUAUCAGUCAAGGUUGCCAGUAGUCUAUGGAAAUACUGACUGUAUGAGAAUUGUGAACGCAGCUCUGGCUGUAACUGGAGUAUGACGUAAUUCAAGAACUACUGAAUGAGUAGGUAAGUGAUAUCUGGGGGUGAGCUGUAGCAAUGAAUGAAGCAGUUUGUCUUAACUAGGGGGCCUCCUGCUGUUGCAAAACUACAACUCUGGGCAUGCUGGGAAUUGUAGUUUUGCAGCAGCUGGAGGCACCCUGGUUGGAA